AUGGCCGACUCUGACCAGGCGAAGAUCAAGUUCCACAAAAACGUGCACGCCCUCCUGGCGACUGUGUCGAAGGCGGAUAAGUGCGUUGAACACUGCCUCCAACUGACCAACACCUUCUUCCGCCUGCCGUUGCGAAAGAGGGUGCACCCCGAUCGUCGCACUGGCAGCUGCCGGACUAUGUUCCCCUUCGGCGUCGAGAUCGGGAGGAUGUGAUUAUAACUAAGCUGAUCUGUGACGCUGAUGGCUGGACGGACCACCCCCUUGUCAUUUCCAAGAUGAGGCUCCAUCUGCAACCCCGCAGGAGGCCAUAAGAUAAUCUAACAGCAGGUAAGCUAAAUAUCGCUCUGUUGUCAUUGCCUGCUCACGUUUGCAUUUCAGCAAUCAACUGACCCAGCGGUUGGAAAACCUGCCAGCUCCAGAUGAAAGCGCCUCUGCGGGGACUCGAUGGUGCCAAUUGCAGAACUCUAUUCAGUUGACCGUCUUGGAUGUCCUCAGAGGGGCACGUCGUCAGCACCAGGACUGGUUGGACGACAAUGCCGCAGCCAUCAGCCAACUGCUCAACGGAAAGCACAGGCCGCACAGAGCCUACCCCGACUGUCCAACCGACGCGAACAAAACCGCUUCCCGCCAAUUUCGUCGUCUUGCGCAGCAACUAUUGCAAGAAAUGUAAGACGAUUGGAUGGCUCGCAAAGCCGAGUAGAUCCAGUGAUACACCGACUGCAACGAAUCAGAGAAAUUUUUCGCUGCGAUCAAGUCGAUCUAGGGCCCCCAACCGAAGGGAGUGAGCCACUUCUCAGCUCCGAUGGAUCAGCGCCUCUGUCGGAGAAGUCGCAAAUUCUGAAGCGCUGAGCCAAGCACUUUAGAAAAGUCCACAACCACCGCCAUCGACCAGCCCCCCGAGUAGAAACCAACAUCGACCUGGAUCUGCCGCCAUCUCUCACAGAAACAAUCUGAGCGGUGCGCUAACUCUCCAGCAGGCAAGCACCGAGAUCCGAUGCGAUUUCGGCCGAAAUCUACAAGCAUGACUGUCUGCGGUUGAUGGAUCGCCUCACAACGCUAUUCCAGGAGAUGUGGCUCCAAGAACAAGUUUUUAAGGACUUCAAGGGUUCGAUAGCCGUCUACCUGUAUAAGAGCAAAGGGAACUGGCAAUUCAAUAACAAUCCCAGGAGCACCUCGCUGCUUCACAUCGUCGGAAAGAUCUUCUCCUGCAUCCUUCUCGAUCGUCUCAACAGACACCUAGAACCGCGGUUUCUGCCAGAAAGCCUGUGUGUAUUCCGGCGACACCGCGGGACCGCCGAUAUGGCUUUUGACGUUCGCCAGCCACAGGAGAGAUGCCAGGAGAUGCGAACCCAUCCCCACGCUACCUUCAUGGACGUGACGAAAGCCUUUGAUAUGGUGAAUCGCGUGGGACUGUGGAAAAUCGUGCAGCAAUUCGACUGUCCUGAACGAUUUGCGCACAUGGUACGUCAGAUCCACGACGGGAUGAUGUCGCGCGCUAGAGCAACGGUGCAUGCUCUGAGGCAUUUGCAGAGACCAAUGGAGUGAAGCAGGGCUGCGUACUCGCUCCUACCCUCUUCAGCCUCAUGUUUUCUGCCAUGCUUACCGUAAUGAGCCAACCUGAUCCGUAUCUUCCACAGGACCGAUGAUCAUCUUCUCAAAGGUUGGAGUCUACAGGCCUCAACGCGUCUCUCCGCGACUAUAGCCCACGACUUACUCCUCGCUGACGACUGCGCACUCAAGACCGUGACAGACGAUGACAUGUAA